ACCACCGGGUCCACCAACCAAUCACGGACCCCCCCCCCCCCUGAUGAAGGACAGUUCCGCCGCAGUUGAAAUAUUUGGGUAUCUUUAUGACGUGAUAAACACUAAACAUGCAGAGUGGCAGCCUUGGUUUAUGUGAAGCUACAUGUACAAUCAUGCCUCAAGACUAACAAGUGUGUGCGCGCGUGCGUGUGUGUGUGUGUGUGUGUGUUUGCGUGCGCGUGUUUAAGUGAUUUUCCGUGUGGUUUUAAAAUGGGGGAGACUCAGAGGGACCGCGAGUUUAAAGUGAGAGCACCGCUUGGCCCAGAAAGACGGUAUUGGUUUAGGAAGAGGCUUUUAAAGCCGGUAGUACGAUAUCUUCCCCACCCACACCCUCCCCUGCAAAAACAUCCAAAAAAUAAACUGAUGAACCCCCCCUGUAAAGUAAGAUUAUUUAGUAAUUAUUGACUGACGCAUAUCACCCCCGGUUCUCUCUGAUCUGAUUUCUCCUACCUCGCCGUGCUGGCGAGGGUUUGCAGUGUGGCGCUAUGCCACAGUGUGCGCUUGUUGUGUUGGUCUGGAGGUAACGGACACGAGACACCUGUCUGACACCAGAGUCCACGCCGUCGAGUGAGGCUCCGUCGAUGGGGGCCGUUUGAAAUCCAUCCUCAGGAAUUAGUUACUCUUUAUUUUUUGGUUGUUGACAUUUUUCUUUGCUGGUUAAAAUGACUAAGUUUGAGAUAUUUAAAUAAAUGCUGCUGCUCAUCAUCUCAUUUGACCUUUUUUUUUUUUGGUGUAUUGAAUAUUUUCUUAGCUGCGUUUUCGUAUGAGUUUAUAUAUCGGACAGGGAUGCUGACUCCAGUCCACUUUAAUAUUUACGAAGGCAUCGCGGUCUUUAUUUUCUUUUUUUCCUUACAUCAUUAAUUUCCAUCCUCUGUCCUGACAACCAGCGACGGUGACUUUGAGCGUGUUGUCAUGGCAAUGACGGGUCAGGAUGAACAAUCCCCCCCUCCCCCUAAACAUAAUCGUCCCAUAUCAAGGUACAGAAAUAUUUUGCUUUUAGGCAGUAAAAUUGUUAUUGGUUAUUUUGGGUUCACGGAUGAUCUUCAAACCGAAGCCCGUUGUUGAACCCUGAUACCUUAGGGGUUAACGUUGGUUCUCAUUUCAGUCAAAGGGAUCAGAAGGUUAAGACGAUGAGUUGUUAAUUAGUUUAAUUAGGCCCAGGCUGCAGCUACCAGCAGCUUUCUGUCACCAGAUGGAAAAAAACUAAGUAACGAAUUUUACCACUGAUCAUAGUCCUCCUUUAAUUUGCACUAUUCAGAAGAUUAUUUCACCUCUUUUCAAGUUUAACAUGUAUCCAACAAAUCCUUUGUUUAAACUUCAGAUCCCCAAACUUCGGCUUCUCCAUCUCGCUCUGCUCAGUGUCGUGACGAACCAAACCUUAAUUAAUAAUAACGCUUCAUAUCCGAAACGCCAUCUUUUUCUUUUCAGGGAGGUUACAUAUCCAGUUGUGUCGUAAUAUAAAUGCCCCCACUUUAGGGUCCCCACAGCCCCCUGAAGCCCCAGCGAUGGCUCCCAAACUCUCUGAUCGCCGGUCCACGUGGUCGACCGCAGCAACACGAGGAAGACGUUGAUGACACUUCAACUGGUUCCUCCUCCCCCCCUUAAUUUCAUGCAUGCUGCUUAUUUGUCCCCCUACACUCUUAUUUUGAAGUAGGCCCCCCCACUUUGUACGUGUACACGACCGCUAUAGAGGAGUAAAAUGGGUGUAAAAUUCAAACUGAAGGCUUGUGUGUGUGUGUUCUCCUGUGUGAAUGAAGAGAGAAUACAGUACAUUACUGUAGGUGCUGACUCAAACUAUCUGAGUUUGUUCAAAAAGUGUGACUUGGACAUUUAAUGCAAAAUGUAACAUAUGUGAAUAAAAUAUACACACACUUAACUGUGUAAAUGUAUCUUUAUUUUUUUGUCUAUAACUCAUGAAAUGCUUUAAUCGUCCUUUUCUCAGCUUGUUGUUGUUGGCCUUCAGGUCAACAAGAUGGUUAAUACUUCAGGUUGUACUUCAUAUAGGCUUAUAUUGGGAAAUAUCUAUAUAAUCGUAUAGAUAUAUAUUUAUAUAGCACUUUUUUAAAACAAGGUUUACAACGUGCUUUGCAAAUAAUAGGACAGGAAGUGCCCAUAUUGUAGCAUGUAUACUGUCAUGCACUAAGGAGAAAUGUCCAAUCUAUGGAAAUAACCCAUACAUGCAGCCGAGUAUUCGGCCUGUGAUACACGCUGUGUCCACCAGGGGUCUGAUGGGUCUGCCCUGUGAUACACUUUGCGACCACCAGGGGUCUCCGCUGGGUCUACCCUAGGAUACACUGCGACCAGGGGUCUGAUGGAAAAACAUACCGCAAGGGGGAAGCCUGGCUUUGUUAUUCAUGUACCAAGACGAUAGAGAACAGUAGCGGCUUCUGUUAUGAAGCUUCAAUGUUGACUUCACUGACGGGAGAACAAAACCGAACCGCAAACUCACAAUUACUACAAACGCAUACAUUCGUUUUAUAUUCAAAUUGAAUGGAUGCUCCGUACGAUCAACCCAGCCCCUGAAAUACGCCUGUUUGCUACCGUGGUAAUUGGGGGGAAUGUUUCAUGAGCAAGAGAGGCCCAUGGGGCCGACACAGACUUAGUUUGGUGCCAUGUCUAAUUAGGAAGAGCAUGUAGGUCAUGCAGUAAAUACCCGCGGUGCAAUUUUCCUUGCCAUAAAAACCAACCCAAAAGUUUUGCAUAAUAUUCUUCAUGCUCCGAGAUGUUGAUGUUACAGGCCAUUCUGCAAAAGGUGAAUUUAAGCAGCAGGCCCCACGUUGUGAACUCUAGUAGAGGUGGACAUACGGACUCAGCAAAUACAGGGCCAGAGGAGGAAAACCCCAGCCAGGAGUACUACCACCUCCAUGGCCGGAUCUGGCGGUCCCUGUAUGGACUGUACCCCUUCAAGUCCAGCAUGAUCGGCCUGCAGAACCUGGGGGACCCCUCGCUGGACUGGGACAUCGUGGAGACCAUCGGCAAGGGGACGUACGGGAAGGUGUACCGCGUCACCAGCACCAAGGACGGCAGCGAGGCCGCCGUCAAGGUCCUGGACCCCGUCAACGACGUGGACGAGGAGAUCGAGGCGGAGUACAACAUCCUUAGGAGUCUGUCCAACCACCCCAACGUGGUCAAGUUCUACGGCAUGUUCUACAAGACAGACCCCAUCGCCGGGGGACAGCUCUGGCUGGUUCUGGAGCUGUGUAACGGCGGCUCCGUGACGGAGCUCAUCAAGGGUCUGUUCAUGCGGUCCCAACGUCUCCAGGAGCCCCUCAUCGCAUACAUCCUGUACGGGGCCCUCCUGGGUCUCCAGCAUCUCCAUAACAACCGCAUCAUCCACCGCGACGUCAAGGGCAACAACAUCCUCCUGACGACGCAGGGCGGAGUCAAGCUCGUCGACUUCGGCGUCUCGGCUCAGCUGACCAGCGCCCGCUUGCGGAGGAACACGUCGGUGGGAACCCCCUUCUGGAUGGCCCCCGAGGUGAUUGCGUGCGAGCAGCAGUACGACUACUCCUACGACGCCCGCUGUGACGUGUGGUCGCUGGGCAUCACCGCCAUCGAGCUGGCGGACGGAGACCCCCCGCUGGCGGAGAUGCACCCGGUCAAGGCGCUCUUCAAGAUCCCCCGGUGAGCCUCCACCACCAGGGGGCGCCGCCGGCCCACACACCAGCCCGCCGCCGGGGUUCAGUGGGUUGAGUGGGU